ACAGCCUGGGUUUGAUUUACACCAUCUACGUGGACGGGCUGAGUGCAUCGCUGGAGAACGUCAUUGGAAACCUCUUGACAUGCACCAUCCCCAUUACAGGGGGAGCUCAGGGAUCACCAACGUGCUGUGUCUCUUCUGUGCUGCACUCACCGAACACAAGAUCCUGUUUCUCUCCAGCAGUUACCAGAGACUCACAGACGCCUGCCGGGCCCUGCUUGCGCUCAUGUUCCCUCUCAAGUACAGUUUCACGUACGUGCCCAUCUUACCUGCACAGCUCCUUGAGGUGCUCAGCACUCCCACACCCUUCAUCAUUGGAGUCAGCUCCAUCUUCCACUCGGAGACGCAGGAACUGUUGGAUGUCGUCAUAGCAGAUCUGGAUGGUGGGACGGUGACCAUCCCAGAGUGCAUUCACAUCUCCCUGCUGCCUGAGCCACUGCUCCAUCAGACACGAGAAGCCCUCUCCAUGAUCUUGGACCCUGAGCUGGAGGUAGCAGACUUAGCAUUCCCCCCAUCAACCGUCUCUGCCCCCUCCCUCAAAAUGCAGGACAAGGAGAUCCGAGCUGUCUUCCUCCGCUUGUUUGCACAGUUGCUGCAGGGCUACCGCUGGUGCCUGCACAUCAUCCGCAUCCACCCAGAGCCAGUCAUCCGCUUCCACAAGGCAGCCUUCCUCGGUCAGAGGGGGCUGGUGGAGGAUGACUUCCUCACCAAGGUCCUGGAGGGCAUGGCGUUCGCUGGCUUUGUGACCGAGAGGGGCGCCCCAUACCGAGCAAUUGACCUGUUUGAUGAGCUGGUCGCCCAUGAAGUGAAGCGGAUGCGUGCCGAGGAGGGGAGCAAGCAGAAAAUACUGCGGCACAUCAAGGAGCUGGCAGAGCAGCUCUAUAAAAACGAGAACCCAUACCCUGCAGUGACGAUGCACAAGGUGCAGAAGCCCACAGAAGGUUGCUACCUGCGCCUACACCAGAGGCCUUUUCCCCGCUUGGACGAGGGGACAGUCCAGUGGAUCAUCGACCAGGCCACUGCCAAGCUGCAGACAGCCCCGCCGGCUGUGAAGGCGGAGAAGAAGUGUAUGGUGCCAUCGGGACCCCCCAUUGCUGCCAUCAUGGAGCGCAAUGGCAGUGCCCUGGCCAACAGCGCCCGCCGCCUGGAGGUGGUCAGGAACUGCAUCUCCUACGUCUUCGAGAACAAGAUGCUAGAAGCCAAAAAGCUGCUUCCAGCUGUGCUAAGGGCCAUGAAGGGCCGAGCAGCCAGACACUGCCUGACUCAGGAGUUGAACCUGCAUGUGCAGCAGAACAGGGCUGUACUGGACCACCAACAAUUUGACUUCAUUGUCCGCGUGAUGAACUGCUGUUUACAGGACUGCACUGCCAUGGAUGAGCAUGGGAUUGCAGCAGCACUUUUGCCACUAGUCACUGCUUUCUGCCGAAAACUGAGCCCGGGCAUCACGCAGUUUGCCUACAGCUGUGUGCAGGAACACGUCGUGUGGACCAACAUCCAGUUCUGGGAGGCCAUGUUCUACUGCGACGUGCAGAACCACAUCCGAGCCCUGUACCUGGAGAGCAAUGAGGAGAACCACGUGGAUGAGGAGGGCAAGGAGGGGCCUCAGGAAGAGAAAUCUGCCCUGGAGAUUGCGUCGGAGCAGCGGAGGCUGUGGCCUACCAUGAGCCGGGAGAAGCAGCAGGAGCUGAUCCAGAAGGAGGAGAGCACGGUCUUCAGCCAGGCCAUCCACUACGCCAACCGCAUGAGCUACCUGCUGCUGCCCCUCGACACCAGCAAGAACCGGCUGCUGCGCAGCUCGGGGCUAGGCGACGUGGAGAGCGUCAGCAACAGCUUCGUCACCAACAGCAUUGCCGGCAGCGUGGCCGAAAGCUACGACACGGAAAGUGGGUUUGAGGAUGCCGAGAGCUCCGACGUGGCCAACUACGUGGUACGCUUCAUCAACCGCUUCGUGGACAAGGUGUGCACGGAGAGCGGCGUCACCAACGAGCACCUGAAGGGGCUGCACAUCAUGAUCCCUGACAUCGUGCAGAUGCACAUAGAGACACUGGAUGCUGUGCACAGGGAGAGCAAGAGGCUCCCUCCUAUUCAGAAGCCCAAGCUGUUGCGCCCCAGCCUGCUGGUGGGUGAGGAGUGUGUCAUGGAAGGGCUCCGCGUGUACCUCAUGCCUGACGGACGUGAAGAAGCUGCCGGAGGGAAUAUUGGGGGCCCCCCACUGCUCCCCGCCGAAGGAGCCAUCUUCCUCACCACUUACCGCAUCGUUUUCAAGGGCACCCCCACGGACCCGCUGGUGGGGGAGCAGGUGGUGGUCCGGUCCUUCCCCAUUGCCUCAUUGACCAAAGAGAAGAAGAUCAACGUCCAGGCCCAGGCCGAUCAGUUCAUCCAGAAAGAGAAGAAGAUCAGCGUCACAGCCCAGGUGGAUCAGUUCAUCCAGGAGGUGCUACAGCUGCGCUCAUGCACAUUCCAGGUGCUGCGGAUUGCCUUUGACGAGGAGGUGGCUUCAGAGAGCGCCGAGGUCUUCAGGAAGCACUUGCACAAGCUGCGCUAUCCCCAGCACGUACGUGGCACCUUCGCCUUCACCGUGGGCCAGUCACCCAAGCAAGCCAUGCAGCCCAAGGCCAAGGAGAAAAACCCCUCACUCAGCUCCCAGCAGGUGACCGAUAUGUUCCAGGGCCUGGCAGUGGGUGUCAUAUCCCUCGGGCACCUUGGCCAUUCAUCCACGACGCUUUCCAAGAACCUGAUGAAGAAUGCCAAGAAAACCAUUGGCCGACCGUACGUGACCCGCAAGAAGUACACGCCGCCUACCUGGGAGCAGCGCAGCAGUCAGCACUUCCAGGAGGAUGACGAGGAUGAGAUCUCAGUGUCUGAAGAGAUAGACAGGAGCACCCUGACCCCCUCCACCAUCAUCAAACCUUCAGACAAGAUGACGAUGAGCCACCUAGUCGAGCGAGCCUGCUGCCGCGACUACCAACGGAUGGGGCUGGGCACGCUGAGUAAUAGCCUCACCCGUUCCAAGAACGAGCCCUUCCGCAUCUCCACGGUGAACCGCAUGUACGCCGUCUGCCGGAGUUACCCGGGGCUGCUGAUCGUCCCGCAGAGCAUCCAGGACAACACCAUCCAGAGGAUCUCGCGCUGCUACCGCCAGAACCGCUUCCCUGUCAUCUGCUGGAGGAACUCCCGCACCAAGGCCGUGCUGCUGAGAUCGGGGGGGCUGCACGGCAAGGGUGUUGUGGGCCUCUUCAAGUCGCAGAACGCCCCUACUGCAGGCCAGUCGCAAACGGACUCCACCAGCCUGGAGCAGGAGAAGUACCUGCAGGCAGUGAUCAACUCCAUGCCGCACUACGCUGACGCCAGCGGGCGCAAUACGCUCAGCGGCUUCACCUCUGCGCACAUGAGCAGCGCGGAUUCUUCCGACAAGAGGCAGCCCAAGCUGGGAUCGCUCAUGAAGCAGGUGAUGGGAGGGAAGGACGAUGGGCCAGGCACUAUUAGCCGAGGAGGUGAGGAACGCCGGGCACAGCUCCCUGCCCCGCAGGGCCCUCGCCCAAGAGGCCGCCGCGCCAAGGCAGCUGGCCGUAGAGUAGAUGCUUCACCUUUGCUUCCCCAGGGUUCGCAGAGCGUAUGGGGCAGCCCCACGAGGAGAUGGGCCUGUCCUCGCUGUUGGGGGUGGGAGCCCAGUGUCUGGCACUCGGAUCACCUGGGAGCACAGCCAGCCGGGGUCACCUCACUCAUACCAUUCAUUGUGCCGCUCGCUCCAUCUCGCCCCGGGGCACCGCUCCUCCCACCCCUCCCAGCGAGUGCGGCUCGGGGUGAAGCGCAUGGUCUGCCACCCUUGCUGAGACGCCUUUCGUCCUGUACUUUCUCAGCGCUAGGUCCCAGAGCUAGGGUGGUCACUCUGUCCACCCCCAAGGGCGUAUCGGCGAAGGGCCGUGAAAGUCCCCGAGGCAAGUGGGGCAGCAUCCGGGCCAGCGGGCGCAUGAGCAACUAUGUCUUGAACAUGGAAAUCGGGUCCCGCCUGGCUGGGAAGGACCUGCUGAGCGCUCAGCACAAUGGGGCCCCCUCUGAGGCCAGCUUCCUGCGCCAGCACCGGGCCUCUCUCUACAUCAUUGGGGACAAGUCGCAGCUGAAGGGAGUGAAGCCAGACCCGCUGCAGCACUGGGAGGUGGUGCCCAUCGAGGUGUUUGACGUGCGGCAGGUGAAGGCCAGCUUCAAGAAGCUGAUGAAGGCCUGCGUGCCUGGCAGCCCCUCCACAGACCCCAGCCUCGCCUACCUGCGGACCCUGGAGGAGUCCGAAUGGCUGUCCCAGAUCCACAAGAUCCUGCAGAUCUCGGUGCUGGUGGUGGAGCUGCUGGAUACAGGUUCCUCUGUGCUGGUCAGUUUGGAAGAUGGCUGGGAUAUCACCACGCAGGUGGUGUCCCUGGUGCAGCUGCUGUCAGACCCCUACUACCGGACGAUGGAGGGCUUCCGGCUCCUCGUCGAGAAGGAGUGGCUGUCCUUCGGGCACCGCUUCAGCCACCGCGGAGCCCAGACCCUUGCUGGUCAGAGCAGCGGCUUCGCUCCUGUCUUCCUGCAGUUCCUGGACUGUGUCCAUCAGAUCCACCUCCAGUUCCCCAUGGAGUUUGAGUUCACCCAGUACUAUCUGAAGUUCCUCAGCUACCACUACGUCUCCAAUCGGUUCCGCACCUUCCUGCUGGACUCGGACUACGAGCGGAUCGAGCUGGGCCUCCUGUAUGAAGAGAAGGGCGAGCGGAAGAGCCAGCAGGUCUACAAGUCCAUCUGGGAUUACAUCGACCGGCUGAACAAGAAAACCCCUGUCUUCUUCAACUACAUGUACGCCCCCGAGGAUGGUGAGGUGCUGAGGCCCUACAGUAACAUCUCCAACCUGAAGGUGUGGGACUACUACACCCAGGAGGUCCUGUCCGAGGGCCCCUCCUACGACUGGGAGCUGGUGCAGGGGCAGCCAGAGCACGUGGAGGUGGAGGAUCGGCAGGACUCCAGUGCCCCGCAGACCAAGCGCAAAAUCAUCUGGCCGUGCUACGACAACCGCAGCCGAGUGGAGCCCGACGCCAUCUCCAAGCUGCUGGAGGAGCUGCACAACCUGGAGGCGGAGCUGGGCCAGGUGCCGGAGCGCUGGAAGGACACGUGGGACAAGGUCAAAGCCUCCCAACGCACAGAGGCCCGGCAGGAGGCCAGCAGGAUGGCAUCCAGUUCCCUGCUGAUGUCCUCCAGCCUGUUGCCCCACCGGCGCUCGCUGGGGGUCUACCUGCAGGAGAGCAGCGUGGGCUCCACCCUCAACCUCAGCCUGGACAGUGACACCAGCAGCACCUCCACCCCGUCCAGCGGGAAGCAGGGGGGCCGCAAGAGCACCAGCAACCUCUACAGCCAGUUCCAGAUGUCAGAGAGCGAGAACAGGUCGUACGAGGGGACGCUCUACAAGAAAGGAGCCUUCAUGAAGCCCUGGAAGCCCCGCUGGUUCGUGCUGGAUAAAACCAAACAUCAGCUGCGGUACUAUGACAACCGGAUGGACACAGAGUGCAAAGGGGUCAUUGACCUGGCAGAAGUGGAGUCCAUCACCCCCGGCACCCCCACCAUGGGGGCCCCCAAGACAGUGGAGGAGAAGGCCUUCUUCGACCUGAAGACGACAAAACGAGUUUACAAUUUCUGUGCCCAGGACGUGCAGCUGGCCCAGCAGUGGAUCGACCGCAUCCAGAGCUGCUUGUCGGACGCGUGAGCCUGGCUCAGCAGCAGCCCCCGUUCCAGGCACGGAGUCCCCCGGGCCCCGGCGCAUGAAGCAGAGGCAAUGCCCAGGGUUAGCACCUGAGCUGGCCCAGGCCUGACUGAUUGAGGAGGAGGAGGCCGGAGGCCUUACUCUCCCCCACUGCCAGGGGCCCAUCGUACUGGAAAGCCCCAGGCCCCCUGCGUGCUCAGGACAGAAGCAGGGGUCAGGGCAGGAUCAGUCUGUUACACUAUGGUAGGAACUGUCAGGCUAGGGGCAGUGGGGAUCCAUUCUUACAACCCCACUAAGCCUGUCUGAGCCACAUAAUUACUGGCUCCCACCCCCACCAGGACACAGGCCUGGGGUCCCUGGCUGGGCAGCGCAGCUCCCACCUCCGGCAGGACACGGGGCCUCGGGUCCUGGCUCCCACCCCCAGCAGGACACGGGACUGGGGUCCCUGGCUGGGCAGUGCGGCUCCCACCCCUGGCAGGACACAGGCCUGGGGUCCCUGGCUGGGCAUGGCAUUUGUCUGAGCAGUGCUCUGGUUCUCUUGCGAAUGCUGCCGUGGGGUUUUACUGGCCCUUUGCUGGGAGAGCACCAGGAGGUGCUGUGCAUUGAACCCCCACCCCGGCCGCCAUUGGGGAGCAGCAGGAGCUUUCCCCCGUUACCCCUCUGCACCCCCAGGAGCUGUCUGUGAACUUGCACAUCCAGUCUGUAAAUCCACGUGGACCUGCUGCCAGCCCCUUGGGGCACUCGGCCCAGGCCCUCUCGGCUCUGGCCCAGCCCUUCUGAGCGGCACGGCUGGGGGCCUGAGCUCAGGGUUAGCCUGCCCAGCAAGGCCAGAGGAGAGCUCCAUGGACAGUAGGCCAAGAGGACUGGGACCAUCCUGCCUACCCCAUGUCCAGCAACGGGGCCAUAUCCCCCCUUCCCCCGGGACAGGCACUGUCUCUGCUGGCACAGUGUCUGCACAAGAGUAGUGCCCCCCGAUGAGCCGCUCGGGGGGGGGAAGAGGGGCCUCCUCCCUGUCCUGCUCUGGUGGGAUGGGGUGGUCUCUCAUUAGCAGUAUUGUAGCUUUAGAGUCCGCUCCUCUUUUGGUCUGCCCCUGGCGGGGGAGGGGGGAGACUGAGGACUGGGACCUGCUUAUAUUCUUGGUCCCACCGUCUCCCCCCACCCCAGGAAACCUGUGCUCACUCAGGCUGUGGGGAGCAGGUUCCCCCGACGCAGCGUCGCUCCCCCUCUGCAGGUUGGAUUGCUAUGGGGCUUGUGUCUGGCACAGCCUUGGAGCCCCCAUUUUCCCUGCAGUGAGUGGGGGGAAGGGCUGUGUGGGGCUGGGCUCGGCUCUUGCUCUGAGAGGUUCCCUGGGGUGAGCUGUAGAACAGGAUAACAAGGCCAGUUACAGGGACCGUCCUGGGGCCUGUGUACAGGAGCAGUGUGGCAUGAGCCCCUCACCUACCAGCCUUGCGUUGGGCUCACCAGCCACGCCGCCCCAGAGGGUGAAGUGGCCAGAGCUCGGAGAUCACAGCACCGAGCUGCUGCCUUUUCCGUGUCAGCUCUCCCCAGCUUGUGCUUGGAUCACUGCAGCCCCAGCCCCUAGGCAGGCAGCGGCAAGUCUCCAGGCAGCCGCUGUACGCCAGCCGCAGAGCAAGGCCUCCACUUUGAGCCGGGACGUGCCCCAGCCUUGAUGGGGAAGGCAGGGGGCUCCUCACUGCCAUUGUGCUGUGGGGGCCGACCUCAGCUCCUUGAGAUCCCCAGAGCGCAAUGGAUCCAUUGUGCUGGGGUGUUCAGAGCUCAGCUCCUGACCCCCCCCCCCCCCAAUCUGUGUACCAGGGACAAGCUUGUACUUUAGCCCCCGCUCUCUACGACUUCCACUGAGCCCUCCCCAGCCCGCUUACUGCUGUAACUUAUUGUCAGUGCAAAGGUGGAAUCAUGAGACUGAGGCGAUGGCAUCUCUGGUACAGAAACACAUCCCCUUCAUCCUCCCCGGUUUGCACCUUGGCAAGCUUAGCCCCCAGCAGCUCACAUGCUAGAGCCGUGUGCUCGUCCCCAAACCCAGCGGGCAUCUGUGUGUGGUCCCUUGGGGCCCAGGGGCUGCCCGGUCACACGAGACCCU